CUAGGGUAAAAUGAAACAAAAUUGCUGGAGGUGAUUCUCGGGCUCUUCCAAAAUGUUUAUUGAAGUUUUAAAAAUUCCGACGAGUUUAGUGAGAUUUUAUUUAAUCUCAUAAUAGUUUCUUUGCAUUUGAUUCCAUUAAAUUAAAUACGAUUACUUCCUCUGCAUUUCAUAAUACCGUCAGACAAUAUUAUGGUUUUUUUUUUCUUUGUGAAUCUCUAUUGAAACAUUGAACCUUUUUUAAAAAACUGACUGAUGCUUAUAAAACCGAGGUCGCCUGAAGAACGGACGAGUUUCUGUGGCAUGUAUUUAAUACACCCAAAUAAACUUUUUACAUAAACGUAUUCGAAACUAUUAGCCUAUACUCGGCCAGUGGGUAUCUAAAUAUAGCUUAAGUAUUGCUCUUUUUGUUUGAGAUUUCGAGUCGCUUCGAAAUGCUACCGAAAACCAGUAGGUAAGUUACUGUUGUCACAAUAGGUUUUAUAAUUUGAGGAGUCCGAACGAUAGCCCAUCUUCAUGAGUAGUUUUCCACCACGACAGAAUUCAAUCAAUUGCUACAUACCCCUUGGAACUGGGAUAUCGAUUAUUCAUUAAUUUUAAAUACUAAAUUGAAUGAGACACUGAUUUUGUUCGCGGUACUACAAUAAAAAUAAAUUAAUAAUGUUUAAUUACCUUUUUAUCAGAUUGUGAAAGGAUUUUUUGAUAAGCUUAUUUUGAUUUAUAUAGAGAUUAGCAGGCACUUUAUCAAAACAUUUGCAAACGUGUUAGGUUGUAAAACUUUUGUUGACACAAAGGUUCUGUAUUUCAUUAGGAAUAAACAUGAAGCCAGAUUAAAGGUGUACGAUGUUUUUUUUAAGAUAUCAUUUUGUUACUGCUAUUAUUCUUUCUUGUACGGCGAAAUGUGUAUCAUCGACCGAUGUACAUCGCAUCGUUGGUGGUGAUUAUGCACCACCAAAGUUCGGCCUGUUUCAUGCGUCGCUGCAAAAUGUCUCGGGUCACCAUGUCUGCGGUGGAGCUAUAGUAUCUAAAUGGCAUGUCGUAACUGCUGCUCAUUGCGUGAAAGAAGCACAACCUCGCUACAUUAAAAUUGUUGCCGGAACAGCAGACUUGGAUGCUGGCGGAAAAAGCUACGACACAUUUGCAGUAAACGUUUUCCGACAAUUCGAGUUCAUUAAAAGAAGUAACGAUGUUGCUCUUUUGACUAUUAACGGAGAAUUCGAUUUACUAAAAGUUACAGUCUUGAAGCCGAGCAAGGCAAUUUUGAAGGAAAACGAUCCAGUUACUUUGAUUGGUUUUGGCGCUAAAAAACCAAACGGAGAAUCAAGCCGAGUUUUACGAUACCUAAAUCUGUCUGUAUUUAAUCAACAAACAUGUAGAUAUGCGAUGAGAUACACCAGAAAUGUAACGGAAACCAUGUUUUGUACUUUUAAACGUAUAGGUCAAGGGACCUGUCACGGCGAUUCAGGAAGUCCCAUUACAAGAAAUAAUGAACUCGUCGGACUGGUGUCCUGGGGAAUACCAUGUGCUGUUGGGUUUCCCGACGUACACACCAGAAUAGCCCCGUAUAUUGACUGGAUCGAAACGGUUGUUCGAACUCACGCUUGCAAGUUAAAGUUGAUAGCAAAAGCUAAAAUUGCUUCAGAAAAACUCGGAUUACUUAAGUAGCUACAUCAAAGUUCUUAACUGUGAAUGUCUUUUGUUUUCUUUUUGAAAUAAAUUUCUUUUUUCACU